AUGGCUCCCAAGUUUUAUUGUUAUUUAGCGAUUCUUUUGGCUACAUCAUUAUACUGUGAUGCAUACAAAAUACUUAUUAUUUCUUCAAUGCCAGGCAGAAGCCAUGCCAUAUUAGGUGAUGGUAUGGUAAGGCAUUUAACAAAAGCCGGUCAUGAGGUAACAAUUAUUACUUCUAUGCCUGAAGAUAAACCAGCGCCCAAUGCUAGAGAAAUCGAUGUUGGUGAAGAAAUUCGCAAUUUCCUAAAUGACGAUGUAAACAUACAGAAAAUAAUGGAAAAAGAUAUUGAUGACAUGAAUUUAUAUCUUUUAUUUACAAUGAUGAAAGAAAUUUCUAUUAAGACACUGGAGAACCCAAAUAUGCAAAAGAUAUUAAAUGAUCCGAAGGAAAAAUUUGAUCUAAUUAUUGCUGAAUGGAUGUUUAAUGAAUUAUAUGCUGGACUUCCAGCGAUAUUUGAAUGUCCUUUCAUAUGGUUCUCAACAGUUGAACCACACUGGUUGAUAUUAAGAAUUAUCGACGAGUUACCAAACCCAGCGUACAACUUAAAUGUCGUUUCUUAUAAUUCGCCACCUUUUACAUUUAUGCAGCGAGUACAGGAAUUGUUUUGCCAAAUUUCUGGUGAAUUUUAUCAAUACUUUGUGUUCUCUCCUAUCGAAAAUAAAGAUUAUGAACAAAUUAUCGCUCCAAUUGUUCGAAAAAGAGGAAAAUCUGUGCCCUCAUUUGAGGAAUUAAAAAACAAUAUUUCUUUAGUUCUUGGAAAUUCUCAUGUGUCAAUUGGGCAGGCUACUCGCUUACCACAAAGCUACAAGCCUAUUGCAGGAUAUCAUAUUGAAAAAGAAGUUAAACCUUUACCACAGAAUCUUAAGAAAAUAAUGGAUAGUGCGAAAAAUGGCGUAAUAUAUUUUAGCUUGGGUUCAAAUUUAAAAAGCAAGGAACUGCCCAUUGAAAUUAAAAGAAGUUUACUGAAAGUUUUUGGUGAGCUAAAGCAAACGGUUAUCUGGAAAUUCGAAGAAAAUCUACCUGAUAGACCGAAAAAUGUGCAUAUAUUGCAAUGGGCACCUCAGCAAAGUAUUUUAGCUCAUCCAAAUUGUGUUUUAUUCAUUACCCACGGAGGAUUCCUCUCUUCGACUGAGACGAUUCACUUUGGCGUACCUAUAAUUGGAAUACCAGUGUACGGUGAUCAGUUUAGUAAUAUUAACAGGGCUGUGAAAAAAGGUUACGCGAAAAAAGUGGAUCUUACGUAUUCUGUAGCCGAUGACUUAAAAGUGGCAAUCAAUGACAUUCUCAGUGAUCCCAAAUAUAAGAAAAGAGUAAAAGAACUGUCGUUUAUAUACCACGAUAGACCAGUGUCCCCGGGAGAUGAGCUAGUGCACUGGGUGGAGCAUGUCAUACGCACGGGUGGCGCUUUACACCUCCGUUCCCCAGCCCUGGAUGUCACCUGGUACAAGAAGAUGUACCUAGAUUUAGUUGCUGUUAUAUUUAUUGUUUUUGCAAUAUUUAUAUUAUUUUACAAGUUGCUUAUAAAAAAAUGUUUGUCGAGUAAAUGUGACAUCGAAAAGAAAAGAAAAUAG